AUGGCCGCGCGGACGUCGCGCGCAGCUGGGAGAAGCGGGGCGGGGCGGGGCGCGGCGGGUCACGUGCCCGCCGUCCGGGGCGGGGCCGAGGCGGAGCGCAUGCGCCUCGGGAGCGCGGCCCGCGGCGCGCCGCCCGGGACGCCUGAGGUGAGGCGGAGGCCGCGGGGCGCGGGCCCGGCCGGGCUCGGGGAGCCGGCGGUGGAGCCGCUCCGAGAAGCCGGCCGGGCCCAGAGCCACCGGGCGCCGGCGGGCCGAGUCCGGGCCCAGAGCCACCGGGCGCCGGCCGAGCUCCGGGCCAGAGCCACCGGGCGCCGGCCGAGCUCCGGGCCAGAGCCACCGGGCGCCGGCCGAGCUCCGGGCCAGAGCCACCGGACGCCGGCCGAGCUCCGGGCCAGAGCCACCGGGCGCCGGCCGAGCUGCGAGCCAGAGCCACCGGGCGCCGGCCGAGCUCCGGGCCAGAGCCACCGGGCGCCGGCGGGCCGAGCUCCGAGCCAGAGCCACCGGGCGCCGGCGGGCCGAGCUCCGAGCCAGAGCCACCGGGCGCCGGCGGGCCGAGCUCCGGGCCAGAGCCACCGGGCGCCGGCGGGCCGAGCUCCGGGCCAGAGCCACCGGGCGCCGGCGGGCCGAGCUCCGGGCCAGAGCCACCGGGCGCCGGCCGAGCUCCGGGCCAGAGCCACCGGACGCCGGCCGAGCUCCGAGCCAGAGCCACCGGACGCCGGCCGAGCUCCGGGCCAGAGCCACCGGGCGCCGGCCGAGCUCCGAGCCAGAGCCACCGGGCGCCGGCCGAGCUCCGGGCCAGAGCCACCGGGCGCCGGCGGGCCGAGCUCCGAGCCAGAGCCACCGGGCGCCGGCCGAGCUCCGAGCCAGAGCCACCGGGCGCCGGCCGAGCUCCGGGCCAGAGCCACCGGGCGCCGGCCGAGCUCCGGGCCAGAGCCACCGGGCGCCGGCGGGCCGAGCUCCGAGCCAGAGCCACCGGGCGCCGGCCGAGCUCCGAGCCAGAGCCACCGGGCGCCGGCCGAGCUCCGGGCCAGAGCCACCGGGCGCCGGCCGAGCUCCGAGCCAGAGCCACCGGGCGCCGGCGGGCCGAGCUCCGGGCCAGAGCCACCGGGCGCCGGCGGGCCGAGCUCCGGGCCAGAGCCACCGGGCGCCGGCGGGCCGAGCUCCGGGCCAGAGCCACCGGGCGCCGGCCGAGCUCCGGGCCAGAGCCACCGGACGCCGGCCGAGCUCCGAGCCAGAGCCACCGGACGCCGGCCGAGCUCCGGGCCAGAGCCACCGGGCGCCGGCCGAGCUCCGAGCCAGAGCCACCGGGCGCCGGCCGAGCUCCGGGCCAGAGCCACCGGGCGCCGGCGGGCCGAGCUCCGAGCCAGAGCCACCGGGCGCCGGCCGAGCUCCGAGCCAGAGCCACCGGGCGCCGGCCGAGCUCCGGGCCAGAGCCACCGGGCGCCGGCCGAGCUCCGGGCCAGAGCCACCGGGCGCCGGCGGGCCGAGCUCCGAGCCAGAGCCACCGGGCGCCGGCCGAGCUCCGGGCCAGAGCCACCGGGCGCCGGCGGGCCGAGCUCCGAGCCAGAGCCACCGGGCGCCGGCGGGCCGAGCUCCGGGCCAGAGCCACCGGGCGCCGGCGGGCCGAGCUCCGGGCCAGAGCCACCGGGCGCCGGCCGAGCUCCGAGCCAGAGCCACCGGGCGCCGGCGGGCCGAGCUCCGGGCCAGAGCCACCGGGCGCCGGCCGAGCUCCGGGCCAGAGCCACCGGGCGCCGGCCGAGCUCCGAGCCAGAGCCACCGGGCGCCGGCGGGCCGAGCUCCGAGCCAGAGCCACCGGGCGCCGGCCGAGCUCCGGGCCAGAGCCACCGGGCGCCGGCGGGCCGAGCUCCGAGCCAGAGCCACCGGGCGCCGGCCGAGCUCCGAGCCAGAGCCACCGGGCGCCGGCCGAGCUCCGAGCCAGAGCCACCGGGCGCCGGCCGAGCUCCGGGCCAGAGCCACCGGGCGCCGGCCGAGCUCCGGGCCAGAGCCACCGGGCGCCGGCGGGCCGAGCUCCGAGCCAGAGCCACCGGGCGCCGGCCGAGCUCCGGGCCAGAGCCACCGGGCGCCGGCGGGCCGAGCUCCGAGCCAGAGCCACCGGGCGCCGGCGGGCCGAGCUCCGGGCCAGAGCCACCGGGCGCCGGCCGAGCUCCGGGCCAGAGCCACCGGGCGCCGGCCGAGCUCCGAGCCAGAGCCACCGGGCGCCGGCGGGCCGAGCUCCGAGCCAGAGCCACCGGGCGCCGGCGGGCCGAGCUCCGGGCCAGAGCCACCGGGCGCCGGCGGGCCGAGCUCCGGGCCAGAGCCACCGGGCGCCGGCCGAGCUCCGAGCCAGAGCCACCGGGCGCCGGCCGAGCUCCGGGCCAGAGCCACCGGGCGCCGGCGGGCCGAGCUCCGAGCCAGAGCCACCGGGCGCCGGCCGAGCUCCGAGCCAGAGCCACCGGGCGCCGGCGGGCCGAGCUCCGGGCCAGAGCCACCGGGCGCCGGCGGGCCGAGCUCCGGGCCAGAGCCACCGGGCGCCGGCCGAGCUCCGGGCCAGAGCCACCGGGCGCCGGCGGGCCGAGUCCGGGCCAGAGCCACCGAGCCGAGCGGAGAAUUGCUCUCUGCUCCAAGAAGAAAGCCAAGGUUCUGGCCCUGACACCAGUACCAAAGCCGGUCUGUGCAGGCUCUCAGACUCACGUGGAACUUGGCAGUGAGGCCUUGUGGGCCAGCUAUGACAAAAGGGGUAGGGGCAGGCCAGGACCUGAGCCGGCCAGGCAUCGUGAAGGUCCAGGGGCAGCAGUGGGCCACGCCUACAUGAUUGGUCUUCUGCAGUCAGUGGGAGCCUGA